AUGCGUAGUGAUGAGGGGACUCGAACUUCGGGGCUCUGCGCACGCGAAGCCUCUCCUGAGUCGAUGCGCCUGCGCCGAGUGGAGGCGGUGAGGCUGGGGCGAGUUCGUCCCCGCUGGUUCUCGCUGGGCUGCACCAUCCAGUCGCACACCAAGGGCAUCUGGAUGUGGUGCCUGCCCCACCCCCACCCCCACCCCCGCCGGGCUGGCCACACCCUGGUGCUGCUGGACACUGAGGGGCUGGGCGACGCGACGUGGAGAAGUGAAAUUGUGACCCUCAGUGCAGGGUGUGCACCAUGGCCCCCUCUAGUGGCCGCUCCGCAUGGGAGUGGGACCCCCCUGCAGGGGGCACCACAUCUCCGGUUCCUUAGCCCGGCCCCCAGCUACGUGACGGAGCUGACGGUGCGCAUCAAGGUGAAGGCGGCAGGCGAGGGCGGCCGGCAGGAGGGGGAGGAUUCGGCCGAGUUCGUGCGGUUCUUCCCGGCCUUCGUGUGGGCCGUGCGGGAUUUCACGCUGCAGCUGCAGCUGGACGGGCGGGAGAUCACCGAGGACGAAUACCUGGAGAAUGCCCUGAAACUAAAGCCAGGCAACAGCCAGCGAGCCCAGCUCUACAACCUGCCCCGCGAGUGCAUCCGCCAGUUCUUCCCGGCCCGGAAAUGCUUCGUCUUCAUCCAGCCGGCCAGCAGGAGGGACCUGGCCCGGCUGGAGGAGCUGCAGGAGGCCGAGCUGGAGCCCGAGUUCCGGGAGCAGGUGGCCCGGUUCUGCCACCACGUCUGGGAGAUGUCAAAGCCCAGGACCAUCCCAAGCGGCCACGUGGUGACCAGGGCCAUGCUGGGGAACCUGGCGGUGACCUACGUGGAUGCCAUCCGCAGCGGGGCGGUGCCCUGCAUGGAGAGCGCGGUGCUGGCCCUGGCGCAGAUCGAGUACUCAGCAGCGGUGGGGGAGGCCGUGGCUGCAUACGAGGAGCAGCUGGGGUGGCAGGCGGCGCUGCCCACGGAGAGCGUGCAGGAGCUGCUGGAGCUGCAUGCCCAGUGCGAGCGGGAGGCACUGCGGGCGUUCAUGGCGUGCGCCUUCAAGGACGACGACCGCCGCUUCCAAGGGGAGCUCAUGCGCCGCCUGGAGGAGCAGAAGCAGGAACUCUGCCGGUGCAAUGAGCUGGUGUCAUUGGACCGCUGCACGGCCACCCUGCUGGAGCUGUCGGACAAGCUGGAGGACCAGAUUGAGGGGGUCUACUUGGUGCCCGGGGGCUACCAGCGCUUCCUGGACGACCAGUGGCAUGUGGUGGAGAGAUACUGGCAGGUGCCAGAGAAGGGGCCCCAGGCCAAGGAGGUGCUGCAGGAGUUCCUCCAGACCCAGGAGGCUGUGGCCCAGUCCAUCCUGCAGACGGACGAGGCCCUGAUGGAGAAGGAGAAGGAGAUGGGGGGACAUUGCACUGCUGGGGCAGGGGAGAGGGCCGAGGCAGCCGAGCGGGAGCAGCAGGUCCUGAAGCAGAAGGAGGCUGAGCUGCGGCAGAAGCUGGAGGACCAGCAACGCAGCUACCAGGAGAACCUGCGGCAGCUGGAGACGAAGCUGGAGGACGAGAGGAAGAAGUUGCUGGAGGAGCAGGGCAAGAUGCUGGAUCAGAAACUCAAGGAGCAGGAGGCCCUGCUGAGGGAAGGGUUCCAGGAGGAGGCCAGACGCUUGGAUAACAAGAUCUGGCGCCUGCAGGAGCAGAGCGAGGAGAUCCAGGAGCCGUCGUGGAUCCAAUCGGCGCUGGAAGUUCUGGCCGACGUGGCCCCCUUCGUGCUACCUGGCUUGGCUGGCAAGGCCGCCAGAGUCGUCAGCAGCUUCUUCCGGCGGAUGUUCUGAGGGCGUCCCGCUCACCUCUGUACCCCAGCGCCCAGUUCACCCGUGGAACCCCCCACCACAGGACGCUCCGCCGGUGAGCAGCUUUGGAACGUCCAGCAGAGCAUUGGGUGGUUCUGACUGCAAGGCCGGGGGCUCCCAACCCCCAUGCUUCGUGGCCUGGGGUGGCCUCACCGCUGGCAGGGUCAGGGAGGAAUAUCUCACCCCACAGGGCCCUGCAGGGAGGGUCACUGUGGGAGACGUGUUACCUCAAGAUUCAGAGGACUUGUUGGAGAGGGAUAUCGGGAUGAGUGCGGCUCUUAGCCUGAUCUGUGGGGCAGGACCCACAGACAGCCACACCUGGAGCUGAGGCAGCGUUCUGCCCUGGGUACCUCCCCAGCCCCGGGCCGAGGGAGGGAGCUGGUGUGGGUGCAGGAUGCCUCUCUGCCUUUAAACUCUGCAA